GUGGCUAACCCCUCCUCUCCAAAGGCUUUCUUUCCAUCUUCAAAAGCUAGGUGCCUGGCGUUACCCUGCAGUUGGAAGUGGACAGAACCUGUCAUUCGACCUGAGCAGGCAGAGCUUGGUUCCUGAAAGAGUCUGAACUCCCCCCUUCCCCCGAGCCCUGCACAAGCUCUACUCCAGGUCUACAAUUUGAAGGGAGAAAAUCCUGCUUCCUGCCUUUGAAAGAAUUAAAGAACAAAACAACGCAGAAUAAUCCCCCAAGACGAAAACUACUUGCUUCCCUCUGUGCUUGGCAACCUGCAGUGGUUCCAGCCUAGGCAGAGCUGUGUCUGGAGGACUAAGCAGCUGUGCUGACCAUGGGCGAGCAGAGCCACGUCAACAGCCUGUUCCUCAACGAGGAUGCAGCCAAGCGGCUCCACGCCGACAGCCGGGUGCAGCGGUUCCAGCAGGCUGUGCACAAGCGGGCGGCGCGGGCCAAGAAGCGGAUGCACAGCAUCACUGCUGAGAGUGCUAAAAGCUUCUUCAGGAGAAAUGCCUUCGUCCUCUUCACCAUUGCUGCAGUCCUACUAGGAAUUAUCCUGGCCUUCUCCCUCCGGCCCUACCAGCUGACCUAUCGCCAGAUCAAGUAUUUCUCCUUCCCUGGCGAGCUGCUGAUGCGUAUGCUCCAGAUGCUGGUUCUUCCUCUCAUUGUCUCUAGCUUGAUUACAGGAAUGGCCUCACUGGACAGCAGAGUCUCAGGGAAGAUGGGGAUGCGGGCUAUCAUCUACUACAUGGUGACCACAAUCAUAGCUGUCUUCAUUGGCAUCUUCAUGGUGAUCAUCAUACACCCAGGAAAAGGAUCUAAGGACAAACUUCACAGGGAAGGCAGAAUUGAGCAGGUGCAGACCACAGAUGCCUUCAUGGACUUGGUGAGGAAUAUGUUCCCACCCAACCUGGUAGAAGCCUGCUUCAAACAGUACAAGACUCAGUACAGCACCAGGGUCUUCACCAGAACCAUCCUCCACAGCAGCAAUGCCACAGCAGGUGUGGCAACCACUCAGAUCCCUGUGCCUGAGAAUUUCACCAGCAUCAUGGAGAAUGUCACUCAUGCCCUGGGAACCAUCUCCGAGGUGCUGACCUUUGAAGAAGUCAUUCCCAUCCCAGGCUCAGCCAAUGGGGUGAACGCGCUGGGGCUGGUAGUGUUCUCCAUGUGCUUCGGUUUGAUGAUCGGCAGCAUGAAGCAGAAGGGACGGGCCCUGCGGGAGUUCUUUAACUGCCUCAACGAAGCCAUCAUGAGGCUGGUGGCCAUUAUCAUCUGGUAUGCUCCAGUUGGGAUCAUGUUUUUAAUUGCGGGCAAAAUCCUGGAGAUGGAUGACCUAGCAGUGAUGGGAGGCCAGCUGGGGAUGUACACACUCACUGUCAUCGUUGGACUCCUCAUUCAUGCCCUUUGCAUCCUGCCUCUGCUCUACUUCAUUGUCACUCACCGAAACCCCUGGGUGUUCAUUGCAGGGCUCCUGCAGGCUCUCAUCACAGCCCUGGGCACCUCCUCCAGCUCAGCGACUCUGCCCAUAACCUUCAGGUGCCUGGAAGAAAACAAUGGUGUGGACAGGCGCAUCACAAGGUUUGUGCUGCCUGUGGGAGCCACAAUUAACAUGGACGGCACUGCUCUGUACGAGGCCCUUGCAGCCAUCUUCAUUGCACAAGUCAACAACUAUGAACUUGACUUUGGGCAAAUCAUCACAAUAAGCAUCACUGCCACAGCAGCCAGCAUCGGAGCCGCAGGUAUUCCCCAGGCAGGACUGGUGACAAUGGUUAUAGUGCUGACAUCAGUGGGGCUGCCUACUGAAGACAUUACACUGAUCAUCGCUGUGGACUGGUUUCUGGACCGCCUUAGAACGACUACAAAUGUCCUGGGGGAUUCUCUGGGGGCUGGCAUUGUGGAGCAUCUCUCCCGGCAUGAGCUGGAUGCGCAAGACUGCGAACUUGACUAAACAGAUCCCGUAUAUAUCACAGACUACUUGUCCAACUUUUCAAGAAAACAUUGAAUUCUAAUCUUGAAGUGACUUCCUGUAUAAAAAGGGCAAACUGAAGGAUGAAUCAGAAGAUUGUUGGAUUGGAUUCUAGCUCAAAUGGGAAUGAAUUCUGGGAAGUCCUAUGGCUUGGGUUACACAGACUAGAUGGUCAUAAGGGUCCCUUCUGGCUUUAUAAUAUAUGCACGUGCUUUGUGGCUUAGAGAUAUCACAAAGGGUUUUUCCAACCCAAUCAUUUCUAAAAGCUAUCUGAAACAAUUCUAAUGAUACUUUAAUAAAACUCAGCAGGAGUCUAACCUGUUUUCAGUUCCUGUUAGCAGACAUGUACACAUAUCACAAAAGGGACUCUCCAUACCACAUUGCAUCCACAUGCUCACAGAUGUUCCCACAAAGCAGUAUGCACCAAGCCUUGUCAUUUGUGAUUUCCUGCUUUCCACACAAGAUUAACAGAGCGCAAACAAGUAGAUGCCUCAUUUUCCAACAAUGCAA